AUGUCCCUCCUGUCCUUCAGGCCGCAGGCCCUGCCCUCACUCUGCCUCUCCCUGCUGCUCCUGGGCUGCGUUGUAGCAUCCAUGACUACAGAAAGCCUGAUCCCCACACUGAGCCCUGAGAACAGCCGCUGGAGCCUGGUAAGGACCAGGGUGAUGGAGAUGGUGAAGCCAUUGGUGACCAGGACCAAAGACAGAUGGCAGUGGUUCUGGGGCCCAGAGGCUGUCCAGGGCUUUGUGCAGACCUACUACGAAGACCAUUUGAAAGACCUGGGCUCCCGCACUCAGGCCUGGCUGCAAAGCUCCAGAGACCAGCUCCUGAACAAGACCCACAGCCUAUGUCCCAGGCUGCUCUGCAGGGACCGGACUCAGGGUUAA